GUACCGACACUUAGGGGCAGAAGCACUUCAGGUUGCCUUUCUCUCCAUCAUAAUACCACCAAAGAAGAAAAACACAGCGGCCACUAGGUGAAGAAAAUGGCCGACGUGGAAAUGGACAUACAAAACGAGAGGCUGAAUAAUGGGAAAGAAGAUUUGGAGAGUCCACAGAAGAGUGGGAAUGAGAACAGCGAAAUGUCUGAAGAGGACGAGGAGGAGGAAGGCGUGGAGCAAGUUGAGGUAAACGGGGGGAACCAAGACGAAACGUCCAAACAUCACAGUGGCAGCAAACACAAGAAGAAGAAGCACAAGCACCGCAGCAAACACAAAAAGCAUAAACAUGCGUCCGAGGAGGAGAAAAAGCGCAAGCGCAAACACAAGCAUAAGAAGCACAGGCGCAAAGAGGGGACAUCACCCCCUCCAGGAGCCAUUGACCAGAAGGCUGAUGAUGCCUCUCCUUCUUCUGAGAACCCGAAUGUGGAUGACCGGGCUCUGCUAGAGGACUUGGAGAAGCAGAGAGCUCUGAUCAAAGCUGAGCUGGAUAGCCAGCUUAUGGAAGGUAAGGUUCAGUCAGGAAUGGGCCUUAUCCUACAGGGCUAUAACUCGGGCUCUGAGGAGGAUGGAGAUGGACAGAGACCCCGAAAUGGAGAGCAGUACCAGAAAAGCAGCGAGAGUAAAGCACGCUCACCAAGGGACCGUAGCAGCAGGGGUGGCAAAGCUAGAGAGGACUCGCCAGAUAAUAAAACCAGCACAAAACGCCACAGCCACUCUAGAGAGAGAGACAGAGUGACAAGGGAGAGCAGAGGCAGCCGGCUGUGUAAUAGUGGGAAAGAGAUAGCCAAGGAGUGCAGCAGAUCCAAAGACAGGAAGUGUUCACGGAGCCAGAACCAAUCUCGUGAGAGAGUAAAGAAAUCACAGUCUCCAUCCAGCAAGAGGCGCUCGGCAGAAAGAAAAACAGAGCAAAAGGGGUGCUCAUCAGAGGGAAAGGAGGCUCGAACAGAACGACAACCUUCUCCCCAUGCAGAGGAAACUACUCAAGAGCAGGGCAGGCAGCGAUCAGGUUCACCAGCACACUCACACAAUCAGAGGUCUCAUUCCAAAGAUGGCCGCUCAGAGGCAGGCAGGGACAAGAGGCCAGGCAAAUCGCCUUCCAAGGAUGCAUCAUCAGGAAAGGAGAACCGCUCGCCACGCCACAGGCGGGCAUCAAGUCCACGGUGCCACCGUAGUUCCUCCACCCACCAGAGGGAGCGCCAGUCCCAUCAGGCAGCUUCAUCUGGGUCCAAACAGAGCUACUCACCUUCCAGGAACAGGUCCCCUGCCAGGAGGGGCCGCAGUCGCUCGGCUGAUCGCAGAAGAGACUCACCAUCUAGGAAGCGCUCCCGUGUAGAUGGGACUGGAAGGUCAUAUGAGACUAGCCCAGCACGACGAAGGGUCAGCCGCUCACCACUCAGACGACGGUCUCUGUCCCCGCGGCGGCAGUCACGCCCUUCACCGAGAAGGCGGAGUCGAUCUCCUUUUAGACGAAGGUCUGGUGAGAGGGAUCGGUUCAGCCACACCCGGGCUCGUCGCUCCACAUCCAGAGAACGUGAGCGCAGGAGGAGGCGGAGCCGAGAUGAGGACAAAUACAAGGGAAGUCUGUCAGAGGGCAUGAAAGUGGAUCAGGAUUCCUCCUCGGACGACGUGCUGGAAGAUUUUGAUGCCGAAGAGGAGGAUGAGGAGGCUCUGAUUGAAAAGCGACGGCAGCAGCGACUGGCUAUAAUGCAGAAAUACAGGACAGUAAAUGAGGACAGCAAUAUGGGUUCAAUGGCAUCAGAGCCAAGCAGUCCCCAGAGCAGCACACGCAGUCGCUCUGCCUCACCAGACGACAUCCUGGAGCGCGCUGCUGCCGAUGUUAAGGAGUAUGAGCGUGAAAAUGUGAACACCUUUGAGGCUAAUGUGAAGGCCAAGCACAACCUCAUUGCCCAAGAGAAAGAAGGAACCAACACAAAGAAACCCUCUGCCCCUGACAUGUUUACAGAGUCGGACGACAUGUUUGCUGCAGAUUUCGAUAGUGCCAGGCUCCGGGCUGUCGGAAUUGGCAAAGACUUUAAGGAAAACCCAAAUCUCAGAGACAACUGGACUGAUGCUGAAGGAUACUAUCGUGUGAACAUUGGCGAGACACUGGAUAAGCGCUACGAUGUCUAUGGCUACACUGGGCAGGGUGUAUUCAGCAAUGUCGUCCGAGCCAGAGACACUGCCCGUGCUGGCCAAGAGGUGGCAGUCAAGAUCAUCCGCAACAACGAGCUCAUGCAAAAGACAGGGCUGAAGGAGUUGGAGUUUCUGAAGAAGCUUAAUGAUGCAGAUCCGGACGAUAAAUUCCAUUGCUUGCGCCUCUUCAGACAUUUCUACCACAAACAGCACUUAUGUCUGGUGUUUGAGCCUCUUAGUAUGAAUCUUCGUGAGGUCUUGAAGAAGUAUGGUAAAGAUGUAGGUCUUCACAUUAAGGCUGUUCGUUCCUACAGCCAGCAGCUUUUUCUGGCCUUAAAGCUUCUGAAGCGCUGUAAUAUUCUACACGCUGACAUCAAACCUGACAACAUACUGGUGAACGAAUCAAAGACCAUCCUCAAACUGUGUGAUUUUGGUUCAGCCUCCCACGUGGCUGAUAACGAUAUUACGCCUUACCUGGUCAGCAGGUUCUACAGAGCUCCUGAGAUCAUCAUCGGGAAGCCGUAUGAUUACGGAAUUGAUAUGUGGUCAGUAGGUUGCACUCUGUAUGAGCUUUAUACAGGAAAGAUCUUGUUUCCUGGCUCCUCCAACAACCACAUGAUCAAACUGGCCAUGGACCUUAAAGGAAAGAUGCCCAACAAGAUGAUCCGGAAAGGUUUGUUUAAAGAUCAACACUUCGACCAGAACCUAAACUUUCUGUACAUAGAAGUGGACAAAGUGACUGAAAGGGAGAAAGUGACAAUGAUGAGCACUAUUAACCCCACUAAAGACCUGCUGGCGGACCUGGUCGGUGGACAGAGACUUCCAGAAGAGCAGAGAAAGAAAGUAAUGCAGCUGAAGGAUCUGCUUGAUGGCAUUCUGAUGUUGGACCCUGCCAAGCGCAUCAGUAUAAACCAAGCCCUGCAGCAUUCAUUCAUUCAGGACAAGAUCUGACCUUUUACCUGUGUUUCCUGUCUGACUUUUUUGGCCAUCCACUGGAAGUGCAGUGGCCUGGAUUCUCUUCUCCUGGAUAUCUACCAUCCUAUGAAAGUUUAGUUCUGAUCCCAGUCUAAUUUUCCUGUUUUGUUAAUUGAGUGUAAAAUGAUGUAUAGCUAUGUUGGCUAUGUUAAAUGGAGGGAGCUGAGCUGUUAAGGAAGCAGAUCAACAGAUAGAGGGGUCUUAAUCACAGCACUGGAGUUGGAUUGAACAAACUAUAUCUUAGAAUGUUUGGAACCAUUGGAAAUGUUUGUUUUUUUUUUCUUUUUGUUUGUUUUAUAAGCAUUUCUUGUUUUGCUCAUUACAGUCUUUGAAUGAUAUGGUUUUUAUUGUAAAUAAUCCAUACGUAAUUACAUGUUGUUCACAAGAGA